AUGAGUGACGAGGCGCUGAAAGCCGAUGUCGCCUCGUUCGCUGCGAAUUUGGGGCUCGCGUCGUCGCAGGUAGGCUUCAAUGAUGCGGAUUUCCGGAAGAAGGGGCCUCUGAAGCGCGGCACCGCCAGAAAUCCCGACAAGGCCGAGAAAUCCCAGAGGAUCCCCAGGAAGAAGAAGGAAACCGGAGGUAACAGUAGAAGAGAUGGUAGAAAUGCGGGCUCUCAAGCUAGGAAAUGGCCUCCACCGAAGCCAAGGGCCGAGGAUUGGAAGAACGAGGCGAAGAAAGUAAAUGUGAGCGUAGCCAAGGUCAGGUUUGGGAAGGAUGUCGUUCACUCGCUUUCGCGCUGGGCUGGAAGUGGCGAGAAAUGGUACGAGACUGCCGCGGGGAUUUCGUCGGCUAUCCAGUUCGUGGAACCGGAGAAAGAGGUGGCUGAUGGUUUUGUCCAGCUGAAACGCAAGGAGGCCGAGGCAUUGCUCCAGCUGGUUGCGGUGGAGUUCGAGAGAUCAAGGCGGAACAGCAGUGACAUGAGGAUGAUCCAAUCGGCUCGCAGGUCGGGGACUUCUGGAGACAAAGUUGCUGCCAUGACUAUCUUGAUCCAGGAAAAUCCUGUGGCAAAUCUUCAGACGCUGGACUCGCUUCUCGCAAUGGUUACCUCGAAGGGAGGCAAACGACACGCCUUGUCCGGGCUAGACGUCUUGAAAGAAUUGUUUAUCAUGAGCUUGUUGCCAGAUCGGAAACUGACAUAUUUUGCUCGGCAACCGCUCGCGACUUUGCCUGAAACCAAAGAAGGUGCAAUUCUCCUUUUGUGGUGGUUUUGGGAGGAUUGCAUUAAAGAGAGGUACGAGAAGUUCGUGAAUGCUGUUAUAGAGGGAACCAAAGAUGCGCUUGUCUACCUUAAGCUGAAAACAGUGAAGACUCUGUACGAACUCUUGAAGGCGAAACCGGAACAAGAAAAGAAGCUGCUCUCAGCUGUCGUUAACAAGCUUGGUGAUCCUGAGAGAAAGGCUGCCUCCAAUGCUGGUUAUUUUCUGUCGUGCCUUUUGAAAGAACAUCCCAAUAUGACGAAAGUAGUGUUGAACGAAGUGGAGGCAUUUAUGUUUCGGCCAAAUCUUGGAAUGCGCGCAAUUUACUAUGCGUCCGUGUUCAUGAACCAAUUACGACUAAGCUAUAAAGGCGAAGGCCCAAAUCUUGCGAAACAACUGAUCGACAUUUAUUUUGUAAUGUUUAAGACCAUCACCAGUCGUGGAAUGAAGAAAGAUACAAAUCCGCAAAAGAAACCACGAAAGCAGUCUGAGGGCGCUACAAAUGAAGAUAAUUCCAACAGCGAAGCUUCAGCUCUCGAUUCGCGAUUAAUAUCGUCGCUUUUGACAGGAGUAAACAAGGCUUUUCGAUUCGUAACCGAGGACAGCGCUGAAAACAUUAUUGAGGAACACACGCCGUCCUUGUUCCUUCUGGCACACUCUACAAAUUUUAACGUCGCAGUGCAAGCUCUUCUCCUUUUGCAUCAGAUUCUCGCUAAGCAUCAAACCGUCAGCGAACGUUUCUACCGUGCUCUUUAUUCUGUUAUGCUUUCGCCUGCGCUUCUAAAAUCUUCUAAGAUUGAGAUGUAUCUUGCUCUAGUUUUUAAGGUUCUGAGGUCCGACGUAAGCACGAGUCGGACUUGUGGAUUUAUAAAGCGUCUCAUGCAGGUAGCUGUACACCAAUCGCCCGAGCUAGGAUGCGCUUUUCUGGUGCUUUUGUCAGAGGUGUUGAAGGCCAAACACAUUCUAUGGAACUUUAUCUUAGAACCUGCAAGCCAAGGCGAUGACGUCGAACACUUCAAGGACGUGGAACUACCGGAGAACCAAGAUGUGUCUGCGUUGCUGCCAGAUGCUGCUAGCAAAGAGCCUUUGCGUGACGAUAGCGAUUCAGAGAUCGAUGUAGACGUUGAAAUGGCAGCGGCGCUUGGAGAAGACGGUGACAGCGAGACUGAAUUCAACAGAAAAGAAACUGGGAAGAAAAUGCAGGCCAUGCCUACAGCUAAAGCUAGUCCGCUGCUGGCCGAAGCUGCGAAAAAUACUCGUAACUCGAAAGGUUAUGAUCCUCGACAUCGUGAUCCACUCCACUGUAAAGCCGAUCAGACUUGUUGGUGGGAGCUUGCCAUCCUCGCAUCACACAUUCAUCCAUCCGUUUCAACAAUGGCCAAAACGAUUCUCUCAAAUGCCGCGGUUGUUUACUCCGGUGACCCAAUUCAGGACCUUGCCUUCACCGCUUUUCUGGAUCGUUUCGCUGAAAGGAAGCCGAAAGCUCGCAAGAUCGGGAUUGACAGUACCAAAAAGGAGGCUGUUUCAAAUGCGCCCAUGGGCAUGAAGUUGGCGUCCUUGGCGGAAGACGACGUUGCUCCAUCGGAUCUGAUCUUCCACAGGUUUUACCGCGCAAAGGCCGAGGCUAUGGGCAAACGCGUGAAGAAGAAAAAGAAAGCGCUCGAGGACUUUGAUGACGACAUGGUUGGAAGUGACGAAGAACUUAGCAGCGAUGAUGAAGAAGGCGGUGAUGAAGAUGAAGAAGGUGGUGAUGCUGGUUUGGUAGACGACGAAGGCGAUUCGGAAGAGGAAGAAAUCGAUAGACUGCUCGAUGAAAAUGACUCGGAGGGUGCAGAGUUUGAUCUGCAGGACGACGACGAUGAUUCAUCCGACGACGACGAGAAGCUACCCGAGGUUCUGGUUGUAGACAAGAAAAACAGUAAGAAGAAGAAGAAGAAGAAGAGCGCAAAGAACGUACCCGACGAUGAAGAUGAGAGCUCCGAUGAUGACGAGUUCGAUGAGAUCUUCCUGGAGGAUACGAAGGACAAGACGAAGAACAAGAACAGAAGGGGCGCGAAGAACAGGACACAAGAUGGAUCAACGGGGUCAAAGAGAAAAUCUCUAUAUGCAAGUGCCGAGGAUUACACUCACAUCUUGGAAGGAGAAGGAAGCAUGAACAAAAAGAAAAGCAAACACUAGACAUUGAGAAUGAAAGCUUCCUUUUUCUC